AUGGCGUCGACGACCACCGACUCCUCCGCCGUCCCACGACGACCCACCACCCUCGACGACCUCCCGCAGAACCUCCUCCUCCGCAUAAUCUCCUUCCUCCCAACCCUUGACGUCAUCCAAACCACCAUAAUCUCACCCGCCUUCCUCGACCUAUGGACAUCCCUCCCCUCUCUCUCCUUCGACUUCUCUCUCUUCCUCCCUCCCUGCGACACCCCUUGCCAAACUCUCGGUGCCUUCUCCGAAUUCCUCACCCGUGCCCUCCUCCUCCGCCACCCCCCGUCCUCCCUCCGCUCCCUCCACCUCCGCCUCGACUCCGCCACACACCACUUCCCCUACCGCCGCCACAUCGACUCCUGGAUCCACUACGCCGUCGCUCACCACGUCCAGUCCCUCUCCCUCACCUUCUCCUCCAAGCACCUCCGCCAAUUUCAAAACGACAUUACUUACUACUACCCCUUCCCUCUUCCCCUUCUCCGAAACGGCAGCGUUCGAUCAUUACGACUCGACCGCUGUAACCUCGAUCUGCCGAUGAACUCGUCUCGUAUUCAAUUCGACUCGUUGACGAGUAUUGAUUUUGUGCAGGUCUACUUGACGGAUGAGAUGAUAUCGAAUUUGGUUGCGGGGUGUUUGAACAUUGAGGCUCUGACUAUAAGGCAGUGUGACGGGAUGAAGGACGUGAAGAUAUCUUCGCCGACGCUUAAAAGCUUGGAGCUUUGGCAGUUCAGGUGUGAUGAAGGAUCAGUUGAGAUUCACGCUCCGAAUUUAUCGAAUUUGAUGAUGUUUUUCUUUGAGGUUGGAGAGUAUGUAAUGGAGGACUCGUCUGCUCUUGAAGAAGCAGAUGUUACUUGCAUUGCAAUGGCAGAGAAUUAUCGGUAUUGGAGUAAGAUUGUGAGGUUGCUUGGCCAUGUCAAGCGUUUUCGUGUUCAGAAUUAG